AUGGACGACUGGCACCUUGAGACCCCGGAAACCUUUUCUUACCCCGAUGAAGACGAUGAAGAUGAUACCUCUUUCUCUGAUGAAGAAGAUACCUCUUCCUCUGAUGACGAAGAAAUUCCUUUCAAUGCUGAAGAAGAAAUUUCUAUCAAUGAUGAAGAAGAAAUUCCUCUGUCUGAUGAAGAAGUAAUCCCUCUCUCUGAUGAAGAAGAUCCCGCUCCCAGGUGUGCCGAAUUUCCAUAUGUAGUUGGCAACUCGAUUCCACUGCAAGUCAAGACGCCCCAGCAUGAGACUAUGGUGGAGGCCAAAAUAAUCCGUCUCUUUGAACCAUUCACUUUCUCCUGUGCAAUGGUAGUUCGAAUUGACUGUCCUGCUUUAGCUAUGGAUGGUAAUGAGGACAUGGUGCUAAAGGUCUUUGAUCGGCGUUUUUCAUGGUCUUCUAGAGAGAUCAGCGAUGUGAAGCCCUGGUCUUUGGAGCUUGAGAAAGAUUUUAUUCAGUUUGCCAGUGGUGAGAUUGGGUCCAAGUUUGUCCGUGCGCUUCCCGAAGGCACUGAAGAGCCACCACGAAGCGAAUGGAAUACAUCCCAGGAUGAGGCAUUUCUCGAAUACACUACUACUGGAAUCUUCCACUCUGAGACCAAGUCAUACAAACUGAUGAAGGACAUGCAAGGAACGGAUAUUCCACGCCUCCUCGCGAAGGUCGUCUUACCCGCUGGUGAUCUAGCUCUACCUGAGCCACUUGAACAAGGCCAUCCAGGAGUUCUUCUGCAGUACAUUCCAGGAUUUCUCAUGUCGGAACUCCCUUACAAUGCUCCCAGAAAGCUCUGGCAACUCAUCUGCAAUGAUGCUGCUCGGAUCAUCGAUCGCAUGGAAGAUAUGGGAGUACUCAACAUGGAUAUCCACGCAAGAAGCUUUAUCGUGAAACUUGACGUUGAAGAGGCCACAGGGUUCAAGGUAACCUUGAUUGACUUCGGCGUGUGCAGAUUCCGCGAUGAAUAUGACAACGAGCAAAAAUGGAAAGUAGCAAAGGCAGAACAUGUGGAGGAGCAACUGCAGGAGGAAGGGGACGUCGGACAUGACAUGCAAUUUUCGCUCCGAGGUGCAAUUGAAUGGCCUAGACCCCCUGAAUACCCAAAAUUAACCAUCGAUUAUGACCAUCUUGGGCCAAUUCCGGGGAAAUUGUUCGACGAUCAGUAG